GCGCCUUGGGGAGGGUCCCUUUUGCCGGAAGUUACUGAGGAAAACACGCAGAUCAGCUGCUGUGAGUUGGCAGCGGCGGCGGCUGAUAGGCGGCAGAAGGCGAGCUCCUGUUGGAGGGUGGGGAGGAGAGGCGCGCGCCCUCUGCCUUCCGCUCCCCCCCCCCAAGCGUCGUCGCCUGAGGGACGCAGGACGUCGGGGCCGGGAGCCGCAGUUCUGCGCGGGGCGGAAGCGGCCGCGGAACGUUCCGUGAGUUCUCUCGCUCGGGGUUCUGGAACGCUCAGGUUCCGCGUCCUCCUUCUGGCCCCUCCCUCAGCAGCACCUACUCCCCGCAUUCACACGCACCCCCUACACCCGUGUCGAGCCCGUGUGAAAUUACCCAUACCCACUCAGCCACUGACACGUGGGGUGGGGUGGGGUGGGGUAGGAGAGGCUGCUUGAAACUCCUUGGGUUUUUGCUAAAAGUAAUCAGCUGCCUUUUCCCUGACUUUAUCCACUCUAAACAAACCGCACCCAGUCAGCUGGUUGGGUGGCAUAUUCUCAAAAUACGGGCUGUUAUGUCUUUUCUUAGCUAUUUCUGUUCUGUAUCCAGCCAGAUGGGCGGGGUAUAAAUAAAAAAUAAUCCUCCUCCUCCUUCUUCACCACCUUUGCAAAUGUUCGUUCUCUGCCAUUUAUUACCUGUCCAGUCUCCUUGACAGGCUGGCUUUCCUUCCACAUCCAUGUCCACUGUGCUUUCUCCAUUCCUAGCCCUAACUGGCCAUUUGGGAAUCUUGUAUUGCAGGGAUGUCCAACCAGUAGAUCGCGAUCUACCAGUAGAUCCCCGGUUGUUCCUGGUAGAUUGUGGGAUCCUUAUCAAGCACAAAAGGUUAUUGGGGGGGAGAGCUAAAAAAACCUCUUUGUAAUCAUCCCCUUAAAAAGCUCAACAACAAUCCACCCACCCUACGCAUGCACACUCCUCCUCCCUCCAAUGACAAUGGGUUGAUCACUGCCAGUUUUUUUUUAUUCUGGGAGUAGAUCACAGUCUCUUGGGAGUUGGACAUGCCUGUUGUAUUGUAAGUCAUGGGGGGGGGGCGGAAUAGUAGCUAGCUUGUUGCUUGUUUGCUUUUUUUUCUUGUCCGCGUGAUGCUGGAACUUUCAUCCUUGUUCAUUUUAAAUUCUUACGCACCAGAGUUGCUUGGCAUUUGAGAAAUGCAUAUGACGGAGACUGAUUUUUAACCCUUUGUUAACAAACUUGUAAAGUUUGGUCGCGAAGCUUUUAGGAGUGCUUCAUGAAGUCAUGGUGCAGGAUCUGGUUCUUGCUUAGGCCUCAUUUUCAGUGAGAUGGAAAAUGUGUUUGGUACCAGAAAAAUACAUCUCUAAUCAUAGGCAAAGGUCAAGUGGGAGUAUUCAAGACUAAGGCUUGUGGCUGCAACAAUGAGCUGUGGGGUUCUUGCUGCAUCUGAGCUAGGCCUAGAUGGUGGGAAGAAAGACUAGACUCCACCCCAGUUUUUGUGUGUGGAAGGAAUUUAUUUGUAUGGAAGAGCAUUUAAUGGAGGGGAAAGCCCAAAAGGAGAAUAGUCAGGACUUCCACAAAGGAGGAAGGUUAUCUUUAAAUGAUAGUGUGUACUGUAUCAUAUAUUUCAAAAUGUGAUAAGCCAGCCCUGAUGCAUUUGGAGGCUCUCUGGCUCACUCUGCUGGAUGAAGUCCUGAACAUCUGCCCUGAAGUCCUGCCCUGACAGCCCUGCUGCUUGCAUGUAUGUAACAGCCACAGAGUCAGGGUUGCAAUAAGCUGUUAACAAUGGCAACAGGACAAAGUGGAUUUAAGAAAACAGUCUGUGAUAUUAAGUAUAUCUACUUGGAUGUCCAGUUGGUGCCAAUGGUGGUUCUGUGAUUGCAGCAUUACUUGAAAGCAAGCUCUUUAGUAGUUGUACAGAUUAUUGAAGGGCAGUUGCUCAUCCCAGCUCUGCUCACCUGCUCCAUUUCCUUCUGCUUGCUUCUGCCAACUUUCUUCAUCCACUGCUAUACCACCAUAACUAGCUACAUUAAUGCCUCCUCUAUUUUGAACAGACUUUUAGCCUAUUGUGGGUAGAAAAGAGUAGGAUUGAGCUUUAUCCAGUUGCCAAGUGUUGAAUUAUGUGCUCGCGAAGCCCUCUGGGACUAAGGAAGGAAGGAAUAUGGUUAUGAUUGCAUCCAUGUCCUUGCACUUCUUAAAGAGCAAAGGAGAUUGCAGGUGCCCAAGUUUGUGCAGUUACUGAGAGAUCUUGAACUUGAUAUGAGCUGUGUCCACUGUUAAGACAUUGCCAUCACAGUUACAUUGCAUUGUUUUCAGGUAGGGUAAAGAACAAAGUGAGGUCAUGUGACAAGGGCGUGUCAUUCUAAGCCUGCUCAGAGGGCAGUAAGAUCCACUAGAUUCUAAGGGAGCAUGUCUGCAGUUGAGCUUCAAAAGACUUCCAUUGGCAAAAUUCUCUAUGUUUAUUUGGCAGCAAUCCCCAAUUUGUUCCUUGGUGUUCACUUUGAGAUAUGUGUGUUUAAGGAUUGUAACCUAAAUGUGAUAACUUGCACCUUUAUUUUGUUUGUUUUUUAAAAUCCAUUGGUCUGUUUUCUUUCCUUUUCAGCAAGAUGUUGCCUACCACGUCUCUUAAUUCCCUAGAUCAUGACAACGGCUCUUUAAACUCUAGGGAGGCAGCCAGGCACACAGCAGGGUUCAAGCGCUACAAAUACUUGAGGAGACUCCUUCACUUUCGGCAUAUGGACUUUGAGUUUGCUCUGUGGCAGAUGCUGUAUCUAUUCACUUCACCACAGAAAGUGUACAGGAACUUCCAUUACAGGAAACAAACAAAAGACCAGUGGGCAAGAGAUGACCCAGCUUUCCUUGUGUUGCUGAGUAUCUGGCUAUGCGGUGAGUGCCUGAGAAAUUUAUUGAAUACCGUACAGGGAAUAGUUGACCAGAGCUGCGCUUGCUCCAGAAAAAUGCAUCAUUUGUACUGCUGUAGCUUUUUCUGUGUAAAACCCAUGCUUAUAUAAUUUCAUUCAGUGGGGAACAUGUGUUCCUACACAUUCCCUCUUGCACCUCAUCCAUGAAAACAAUAAGCAAUGAAUAAACUAUGAUUGCAAUAUCUGCCACAUCCACACUGAUAAAGAUUCCCUCACAUUUUGGCUUCAGUUACUUCAUCCUGCAGUCCACAGCCAAUCUGUUCUGUGCAUUGCAUGGUUUUAAAAUUCUCAGUUCUGUGAUCCCUGGCAUGUGACAAAGAAUGACAAGCCCUAAGUCAGGCAUAGGCAGACUUGGCCCUCCAGAUGUUUUGGGACUACAACUCGCAUCAUCCCUGACCACUGGUCCUGUUAGCUAGGGAUGAUGGGAGUUGUAGUCCCAAAACAUCUGGAGGGCCGAGUUUGCCUGUGCCUGCCCUAAGUGAUAAAAAUCCAAUUACCCUGGCAAAAUUAUGAGGCAGGCAGAAAUUCUGCCAUCUGAGAACUUACAUUGUGGAUUUGUUUAUUUCUGCACUGUGCAACAAUGCGUGAUUGGCUUUUUUAUGAACAGAAAGGUUUAACUUUAUUUGUGUUGAUGUCCCACAUCCUACACAAACAUGUGCCAGAGAUCACACAGUUGCCCAUUUCUUGCUUUAUUUGUGUACAUGUAGUACAGCCCACACAUUUUACUCUUGCAAAUCCUAGUUGUAUGCAUAUACCCAACAAUUUUAUGCUAUAAGCCUUAAACAGCACAGCACUAAACAUGCUACAAGUACUUUUCCAGUAAAAUUAAGUGAAAGAAAAUCUGAGAGCAAAUGGGUAUUCUUUCAACCUACUUACGUGUCAAGAGUUAAUCCUCUGUCUCUGCUGUUCGUCUUCCUCCUUCAGUAUCCACUAUAGGAUUUGGCUUUGUGUUGGGCUUGGGCUUUGUUGAAAUGAUAAAGCUGCUGCUCUGGGUCAUCUUUAUAGACUGCGUAGGAGUUGGCCUUCUAAUUGCAACUUUCAUGUGGUAAGUCUUUAAAACAACCUGAGUAGAGUUGGGUGGUUUUUUGAGAAGUUUGAAUCUUGCUGUAUAGAAUAUGAUUGCUGGAACCUUCAGCUACAGUCCUAAGUUUGUCUACUUGUAAGGAAGAAGAGUUUAAGUAGACACAUUUCUCAUCUCUGGGCUAGAUGUACAGUGCUGUUCCAGCAGAAGGUUUCAGUUCAAAAUCUGGCAAAAAGAAAAUAUUUAAUGUACAAGUAAUUCUGGGCUGUUAUGUACUUAAAUAUAAGGGUAUGUUUCUGAAGGUAGCCAUGGAGAUGGAAAAGUACUCACUUCAGCUGUUAAAUUGGCUGCCAUGUUAAUCAGUUUUAUCUUUAAAAUAUUUGUGCAUUGCAGCGAGAGAGAAAAUGUGCAAGGGACUAGGACUACAGAAUUACUAGGACAGUACAUUCAGAGUUAGUAUAUAGAAGGCCAUAUUGCAUCAGUUACAGGAUAGGGGAAUAACCUUUCCCCUCUUGCCCUGGUUCCGCAGUCUUCUUACUGACAUGUACAUUUGUUUAGCUGGCUUCUAGGGAAUCAAAAAUAUUUCCUAUGUUGUAGUUUUUUCAGUAAUCCUUACCAGAGCCCUGUAAAUCCAUAAAUGCAUUUGUGUUCUUCAGAAUAUGAGAAAUGGAAAAUAGCAAGGAUUAAUAUUUCUAGGCUGUAAUUUCACCAAAAAGUUGAAAUUGUCAAAGUUUGCAUACUAUUUUUUAACAUGUCUGUUCCAAAUUCUCUCCCCCUCCCCGAGGUUCAUCUCCAAUAAGUACUUGACAAAGCACCCGAACAGAGACUGUGACGUAGAGUGGGGAUAUGCCUUUGAUGUUCAUUUGAAUGCUUUUUAUCCACUUCUCGUCAUCUUACAUUUCAUACAGCUGUUCUUCAUCCAUUGUAAGUAAACCUUCCCUUCCCUGACUUGAAGCAUUUUUUGCCUUCUCUUGCUUUGUGCUGACACUGUAAUUCACCUGGAGGAUCCUGGGGGGCACCACGCCCUAUAGCGAUGGUGGCUCCUGCAGGAUCAGAGAGGCAAAAUCCUGCAAUUUUCUUCUGGAGGAGGAGGAGGAACUCCCUACCUUCCAGACCAAGAGGUUGUCUAUGGCCUGGGCUCUGUUUCUGACUAGUCACUGCCUCUUGUUUCUUUUUCAGAGAGGUUUUGCGCCCCACCCCCACCCCCAAUUUCUGGUUUCUCCCUCCCUUUCCUUCCCUUUUUCCUGGGCUAGUUGGGGGGGGGUAUUCUUUUCUGACAGUAAGAGUCUGCAAACCUGGCACUGCUUCAUGCCACGGUUUAGUACCUCAACCAGGCUUUUUUUCCCCCUGAGGAGUCUUCUGGAUUGGGUUCCCUCACAACCAUGCUUAGUGCUGGUCUGGGAGAAAUGGGGAGACAUGAUGUUUCUGGCUGAGGCAGUUGCUCUUUGACCUGACCCUUUUGGUGUGUUCACAGUUGCCUCCUCUGAGGGCAGGCAGACAAGUGCUUAGGCCCUGCUUAUGUGAGUUUGGAGGUGGCUUCAGGCAAGGUUAGCCUGUCAAAGGACAUGGCCAGCAGCUCGCUUUGGAUCAGCCAGCAGCUGAAGAGCUCCAUGGACCUUCUCUAAAGUGUCCCAUAGUGGCUUUUCCACAGUGAGCUCCAGUCUGUUUCUGUAUCCUACUGGAGGCAACACCCCAAUGGUACACAGCGCCCUUUUUGGGACCUUCAGUGAGCAGAAGUUCACUGGGUUAAGAAACUUUGGUUUUCUCUCUUGCAGACGUAAUUUUAUUGAAUUCGUUUAUUGGCUAUUUCGUUGGGAAUACUUUCUGGCUGACUGCAAUUGGUUAUUACAUCUACGUGACAUUUCUAGGGUACAGUGGUAAGCAUCGAAGCCUUUGCAACCUAGUUAGCAACAAGAAUAGUGCCUUCUUCCCAGUCCUUUUUUGCUAAAUCCCUGUUUCAGUAUGAGUAAACUUUAUGAUAAGCAUCAGGGGAGGGCUCACUCUGACAGCAACUCUACAAGCUUUGCACAGCAUCGUUACUUGAAAUGCUGUGUAAUAUGUAGUGGCUUUAACUGACCUGCCACGUGACUCUGCAUCCCUUUGUGAAAGUACUGCGCUUGCAAAUGUGGAGCCAACAGAAGCUAUACUGGCUUACAGCUAUGCAUGCUUUUGUCCCUGUGGGUGAGAAUGUGUGAAGUCAGCCUUCUGUGUGUUUAUUUGUGGGGGGGUGUAGAGUUUCCCCCUUAGGGGAUUUCCUUAGUAUUUUUUGCAUUCUACAAACCUGCCUUUCUCUACCCUGUUUUUCGUGUGCAUGGUGCAGAACCCAUAUGGGGAGAGCGAGUUUGCUAUUGCUGCCUAGGAUAGAGUUGACAGUAUCAGUUGGGCAACAGACAGUGAAAUUCUGGACUUUCACUCAAUUUUAAACAUGGGUUUGUGAUGCAGUAUGGUUGGGAGGUAGUUGAUGUUGCUCAAGAAACAAGGUCGAAGCGCCACAGGGCCAGUUGUGCAAUCCUUUGGGUUAUAUAUUUAUGAACAUGCCAGAUUCCAAAGAGACGAAGUUUAAGAAUGGCGGGAGGACAUGUGGCCGUGCCUUAUAUCGUAAGGUUACCAGAUUUUUUUCAAUGAAUCCGGGGACACUUUAAAUAAAAUAAAUAAAUGCUACACGUUCGGGACGCUGAUGCUGCAGCAACGGCAGUGGCAGAGGGGUGGCCACCGCCUUGACCUCAGCCACCAUGUUUCCCCUUCCUCUGAAGCUUCUAUCUCCUUUCUCCAUGCGCCUGGGUGGUAACGAGACUUGGGCAGCGCAAUGCCUCCUUUCCCAUCGGAGCAGCCCCAUUCCUGCUUGCACACAAGCACUGAUAGGCAGCUUGAAGCCUCCCUUCACAGCUGGGAGAUCCCCACCCCCUCCUGCUUGCAUGCAAAUAGGAGUUGGGAGGCUGCUCCGAUAGGCAGCAUGAAGCCUCCCUUCACAGCUUAGUUGCUGGGGUCAGGGAAGGUGGAGGCAGCCCGGAAGCUGCAUCUUAGAGCCCCUGCACCACCAUCAUAUGGGGACUUCCGAGCAGCUCCUGAAGCCAGCCAGAGCCAACUGCUCCGGGCUGCUGAGACUGCUGCUGCUGCUGCGUUUCCCGGGGACAAUUGAUGAAAUCCGGGGACAUUCCGGGGAUGGAAUUUGUCCAGGGACUUAUUCGCAAAUCCAGGGACCGUCCCCGGGAAACAUCUGGUAGCCCUAUUAUAUCUUGCAGGACUACAGCUCUUUUCAUCCUCUGCCUAUGCUGCCUGGGGAUGCUGGGAGUUAAUAAUUCAGUGACAUCAGGGAAGGCCACAUCUUAGCCACCCGAUUCAAGUUUUUCUUUUUUUGUAAAGGAUGGGAGGGGCAUGCGUUUACUAGAAACAGUAGUUAUUUUAGGCGUGGAUUUUUUGUUGAGGACUGUCAAUAUUAAGAUGAUUGUGAUGUUCCUUGCCAUUGGCACCUUCAGAAAAAUUGCAUGCUUUCUCACUUUUGAAACUCUCUCCUACUUUCAGCUUUGCCGUUCUUGAAGAACACAGUCAUCCUUCUCUACCCGUUUGCACUUCUCAUCCUGCUCUAUGUGGUUUCAUUAGCGAUGGGAUGGAAUUUCACAAAAAUGCUUUGUGUUUUCUAUACGUACAGAGUGAAAUAAACUGCAGACUUUAUAAUGGAUUGCUUGUUCUUGCCUCUUGUACCACUGUCAGCAAAGGUGAGAUGCUCCUGUAAAUUACUGUAAAUAACUUACUCUUCACUGUAGAUCAGUGUGUACAAAGUUUUGGUUUUUAAAAAAUGUAUUUACAACUGCAGACUUAUAGUGAUUCUGUAUUCUCUUGCAGUCCCUUCCUAAUGGAAAAGCUGUACAUUACUGUAAUAAAUAUUUUUUAAGAACAACUGUGUGCAACAUUGAAAAGGCAUU